CUCUUGCAACAAUCGCAGGAUAUGCGAGUUCUUUCUGCAGUACGACAUUGUGACCAAAGCCUCUCCAGCAACGAAUGACCGUCAUGGGUCCCUACUUGGAACCGAGGUGUCGAAACUCAAAGCAACGGCGUGUAUUCAGACGAUGUCUGUGAACAUGACGCUCAUGCUGGGUUCCCCAGACGGCUGCGGCUCACGGAUUCAGGAAAGGUGUUACAGGUGCUUGGAUUUGUGUUCGACACAGUUGCAGAAUGCACAGAGAAGUUCAAGAUUCCAGAGCACCAUGUGUUGUCUUCAAGAUAUGGCCUCUCGCCGCUGCUAUAGAAUUGGGCACGCGGAUGAAACCCUCAACAAAUGAUGCGAUGGAGGAUGUAUGUAUGGCUCUAGUCGGUGGAUGUCACCGCGACGUUGAGAUGUAUUUGAAAGAUUUUGCUGCCAUGCGCUUGAAAUUUUCAGCCGCAAGUUCUAAGCGAAAACCUAAGGGGCCAGGUAGUCUGUUACCAGAGGGGUUGUCCGCGGCUCAAGAAGCUGCUAGAGAGGGAAAUUCCAACAAGUCUAUGUCCAAGGAUGGCUAUAUGAAAAGGAAGAGGAUUUUCAGGACCGAAUGUGGAUUGAUCUGUUCUGGACCUGCUCCACUUUGGGCUGGUGAUGUUUGUCAUAUUUUAUCUGGUGGCUGGGUUCCCUUUCUCUUACGUCCAACAGGACCUGCAUACCGACUGGCUGGCGAAAUAUACAUUGAUAAAGUCAUGCAGGGCGAGGCAGUCGUAGACUACAUGCUGCUGACAAGAUCCAGGACCAGAUGUUUGACAUUAUCUGAGGGUUUGUAGCUUAAUAUGGUAUAGGCUGUAGUAACGCACUUCCUACUACGUAAACAAGAUCGAAGCCUGUCUGUCUAUCCAAA